UGUGCUGGUCUGGAGGUUAACUCUUUGUUUCCGCUGGCUCAGAUAAUCAUGCUGUGCUCUAAAGACCUGAGCCUUGGAGUCACUGGGGGCAGACACACAGCGAGCCCAGUGACAACAGACAGAGAUGUGUCCUGCUGUUGAUAAGACAAAGGAACAAAGGCCCAUCUGGUCCUCAGCAGGUCCAAAACAAGACAGCGAUGGCAAAGAGAGAUUACCUGGUGGAGGCGGCCAAGCAGAUCCGCAUGGCACUGGACAGUGAGGUCAGCGAGGACUAUGAGGCAGCUUUCAGUUACUAUAAGAACGGUGUGGACUUGCUGCUGAAUGGGGUUCAGUUGGACCCAAACAAGGAUCGUAGGGAGGCUGUGAAGAGGAAGACAACUCAGUAUCUGAAGAGAGCUGAAGAAAUCUUCAUAACACAUCUGCAGGACAACCUCGGGAAGGGGAGCUCUCAUUUAGGGGGUUACAGCAGUCUGAGAUUCCGUCCAAUCAGACACUUGAGUUCGCCUGUGGAGGAUCUGGAGAUGUGCAAGGUGGUGGGAGUGACUGAUAAGGUCCUGAUUGUCCAAAGUAUGGUCAACAAGGAGACAUUUGUUGUAAAGAGUCUGGUCAAGUCGAGCUGGGAGAGCAGGGACCAGCCAACCAUCAUUCCUCAGGGGGUGCCAUACAUGGUUAAGCUGCUAAGAUAUUACGUCAGCGAGGAUGCUGUUUACCUGCAUCUUGAGCAUAUCAAAGGUGGGAGGCUCUUCUCCAAGCUGCUCAAGCUUAGGAACGAGAAGGCCAAGGAACACCCAGAAUGCUUCACUUCUGGCCAGCACAGCAUCAAACUGAAGACCAGCCACACCUCACCCACCAUCAGCACAGACUACCAGCACAAAAGCGAAGGGAGCGCAGGAGUGAUUCCACAGAAAUUAAUCGAUGAGAGCCCGGACAUGGACUUUGCCACCUCAUGGGAUGAGACCCAGCAGCAACUGGAGAGCUGUGGGACUCACUCCUACAUUGAGGAGACGGGUUGUCUGCAGAACACACGCUCCGCAGCAUCAUUUUAUACCAAGCUUGAUCGGUUAAGUCUGAAUUCAGGCCCAUCUAGGACAAAAGUAAACGCCCGCAUCCAUCCACCAGCUCCCAGUUUGUGUUUGCACUCCAGUGAAACUCAGGAACAGCCCGCUCUUCCUCUCUCUUGUGCCCGUGUCAGUCAGGCUCUCGGUGUCAUGUCAGAACUCCAUAAAAACAAAGCUGGGAUGGGACUCACAGAGUGCAGCUCUGAGUUUGAAGCGGCUUGGAAAGCCGCGGAUCCAGCACAAAACUGUGAGCAAAUAAACCCCUAUGCAGUGACUGACAGUCAUUCAAAUAGCACGCUAGGACAAACACCACCUCAUACAAAUCAGACCUCAUUCAUAAAAUCGCCAAACAGUGAAAAUAAUGGUCUGAGUUCCUCCCCUGCCAUUUUGCAUCUUCCUCUCCAUUGCCAAACCCAGAUCCGUGGCAGGGCAUCAUGGGAUACCAACGGCUCUCACCAAGGAUCUGUUUUGAGCUGUAACUCCGCAGAUGUGAUUGCAGACUCAAAGCAGGACAGCAGCCCCACUUCAGAGGAAAGAAACGGCAUGGUAGUCAUCAGGAGCACAGACAGAGCAGUAUUUUCUGAGCACACAGACACAAGGAGCACCUCGGACAGCUCCUGGCCUUCCUCUGCCCCCCUCUGCCACAGCAUCGCAGCAAAACAGGGGACGUUUUCAGGGCUCCCCCUGGCCCUCUCAGGGGUGAAGGGGGAAACACAAUCCAGUGAGGGUGUGGAGGACGCCUGCGACUUGCAGAGUUCGACAGAGAAGGUGGCACCUGGAAAAGAGCGAUCAUUUUUGAGCUGGUUCUCCUCUGGCCCUCCUGGAGCUCCUCCCCACAGGAGCAAAGAGGAUGCUUUCCUUAAAUCAGGGAGCUCGGAGGGGCAGGGGGAGGACCAGAUCAUAGAGGUGGAUGGAUGGUGCCACCUGCCUCCGAUCCCUGUGAAGUCCUCCGGGUCGACAGAGAAGGCCAUGCAGACCUGUUGGGGGCUUCCAGAGGCAGAGGUUCGUGUUUGGGGGGCUCAGAUCCUGCUGGCACUAGAAAGUCUGCAUCAGCAAGGCAUCCUGUGUCGGGACCUCAACCCUAGAAAUGUUCUGCUCACCAGCAACGGAAAGGUGUGUUUGACUUUUUUCGGACAGUGGAGUGAGGUUCAGUCAGAGAUCAGCUCCAAAGCCAUGGAACAGAUGUACUGUGCUCCAGAGAUUGGUGGCGUGUCCAGGGUCACAGAGGCUUGUGAUUGGUGGAGUCUCGGGUCUUUGCUGUUUGAACUCCUAACAGGAAUGCCUCUGUGGCAGCUCCACCCUGCAGGAAUCCACUCUCACACCCAGCUGAUCAUCCCCAACCACCUGAGCGCUGCAGCUGCGUCUCUGCUCACUGAGUUACUUCAGUUUGAUGCUGGCUACCGCUUGGGUUCUGGAGGUGGAGGCGUGAGUGACAUCAAGUGUCAUCCCUUCUUCAGCAGUGUUUCCUGGAAAGCUCUGAGCUGCUAGGACUGAGGUGCAGCUGCUGCACCUCAGUCCUGCACUGGAAUUGAAGUUCAAGCGCUGAAUCCUCAAGUGGUCAAAAUGAAUGCAGUACCAGAUCCCUGGUUUUCUUUGCAUUUUGUGCUUCCCAAAGAAAAAUGACAAUAAAAACUGAAACUUGAACAAAACUGGUAAACCAUGUCCCUUCCAAAACAUGAAACAAAUGGAUUUAUUUUACCUCCAAAACUCAGAUAUGAUGGGAAUUUUAUCUUUGAUGCAAUUUUGGUAUAUCUAAAUUUUAUAGUAUACAGGCAUAUUAUAAACUACGCAUGCAAACUGAUGCCACUUAAGCCUAAAUUUCUGACAAUUACAAAUGUUUGGAUUGUCUACCAUUAAAUAUUGUAUACGAACAAUGAUAUUACGCAAUAAAUUGUUCCCCUUUUACUGAUCCA